CCAAAACAGCGUCGCGUCCACUGGAGCAGAAAAUGAACCAGCAUUCUAGCUUCCGCCAUGGGAGUAGGCGCCGUUGCAGUUAUACUGCUCGCCUUGCUGACAUUACUUCGCGCCCUCCGCAAUUAUAGCCGUCUACGUGCUAUCCCUGGUCCUUCAGCCGCUGGAUGGUCGGACUUUUGGCGCAUAUAUUUUCGCAAUAAAUCUCACUACGGUCGUCGUCUGUCAGGUCUUCAUCGAGAAUAUGGCACGGUUGUGCGGUUGGGACCGCAUUUCCUCAGUGUCGCAGAUGGGUCGAUUAUAGGCCGUCUAGAUCAGGGGGUCGAUGAGGGGUCACCAGAACCCCACUAUAGAAAUGCGAUACCCUCGAAUAGCCUCACCGUCAGCCCGGACAAUCUUCAGACAACGCAUCCUACCUGGGAAUGCUCUCAGGGUAUACCGGAGUACGAAGGAGUAAUCGACCCUUCCACGAAACAACUCAUCAAAGCGAUACGAAGAUACCGUGUGUUGGAUAUAACUUCGUCCCUGCGCAUAUUUGCGACGACAUUUAUAAAUCAGCUUACCACCGGGGGUUUGUUACAGGCGAGGCAUGAUAACAUGGGAAGUAACAUGGGAAGAGGCAGCCGAUGGUUGAGUAUGUUCUCGACAGUUGAAUUUAUGCUCAUCCGAAGCCCGGUGACGGCACUGAAGAGAGAUCGCGGACGUCGACUAGCAACAUGUGCGACAUUGCCAGUGGCAGCGCCUACUGUUUCCGUCGAAGGGAGCCAUGCAGUUAGUUCAAGUGGCCCUUUGCCACUGCAACAACGGUCGCGCGACGGAAGCCGGACGAGGCCAUAUUCUAAUGGCGUCCGUGGAGGGCACAGUGUUGCCGGCACUUUCGUGUCGUUAUUUUACUUUCUACUGAGGCACCAGGAGUUUCUUGAUAGACUUAGGUUUGAGAUAGACACUGCAUUCGGUGUUGGAUCGCUGUCGGACAUACCUCGAUGGAGAGAACUAAAUAGGCUGUCCUACCUUGAUGCCGUUCUGAAGGAGACGAUGCGGCUGUCAGUGAACUUUGAAGAGGAGAUCAAGGCACCAUUAGAUGGUGUUAUUGUUGCAGGCUACCCAGUUUGCAAGAACACAACGCUACUGUGGAACUCCCGUGUUCUACAAUUUGACAGUGAGACGUAUGGGAAUGAUGUUCAUUCGUUUCAACCUGAGCGGUGGCUUAUGGCAGAUGCGCAACAGCGAAGCCGAAUGGAGCAGGGAUUGAUCUCCUUCAACCGCUGCGUGCGCAACCAUCCAGAAGCCCAGGUGGCCUGGCUGGAAUUGAAGAAAGUUCUCGUAUUGAUUCUUAUGAAAUUUAAUACACAGCUUCUUCAUGCCGCAGAGCCUAGCAUUGACACCGACGACAAUUUUACUCCGCCGUCUCUUAUGGUUGGCUUCACCCCAAGGGUUCCUGGAUAUUGAGGUACCAGCUUGGCAACGCAUAAUUCUUGCAUAUUCCUUUUUACUUUCCAGAUCAUUGGUGUCGUUUCGCCGUCUUUGGAUUCCUACUUCUUUAGCUAAGAUACCCAGAUAAAGCAAUUGCCAUACAAUCUUUACCUCCGUUCACAGCAAUACUACCUAUACUAAGCGAUCAUCCGUGAAGAAUAACAUAACAGAAUACCACAAAGAGAU